GCGGCUAUCCAUUCACCACCACCACUAUCGGACUCUGCAAGUACGAUGGAUUUCCUUCAUUCGAAUCUCGCCGCUAUUCAGCGUAGGCUGGCAUUUGUGGCAGUAGAGCCUAUUAACUGGAAAUUAUACGUCCAGUCGUUUUCUUGGAGCGUGACUCUCUGGGAGUGCUACCUGCUUUUGCGCCAAUAUCCAUUGUAUUCGAAAAGGGAGCCACCUCCAGCCCUUGCCUCGCAUCUGGGCGCGGAUGUGUUCGAGAAAUCGCAAAAAUAUGGCAAAGAAAAAGCCCAAGUGGCACUGUUCUCCAAGCUGUACAGCCAAGUCUUGGAUUCGUUAUUGCUUCACUUUGGGUUCUAUGCUUGGUGUUGGGAUGCUUCUGGAAGAAUCUUGGCCAAGGCAGGAUACGGUUCAGAGUAUGAGAUCUUGCAAUCUAUAGGAUUCUCAUUUUUGCUCUAUUUUGUAUCGUCGCUGCCUACACUACCUCUCUCCAUCUACUCUACUUUUGUCUUAGAAGAACGACACGGUUUCAACAAGACGACACCUGGCCUCUUUGUCGCGGACAUGCUGAAAUCAUGGGCUAUUGGAAUAGUCUUUGGCUCACCCUUCCUCGCUGCUUUCCUGUACAUCUUCAAAUGGGCCGGCGACCGUUUCGUGCCUUGGCUCAUGGCCUUCAUGCUGUCCUUCCAGAUGAUUAUGGUCUUCCUUUAUCCUACCGUGAUUCAGCCUCUCUUCAACACCCUCGCUCCUCUCAAGGAUGGCGAUCUCCGCACUCGCGUCGAGUCCCUGGCCGGCAAACUCAAGUUUCCUCUGAAACAUCUGUAUGAGAUCGAUGGCUCGAAGCGCAGCUCGCAUAGCAAUGCAUACUUCUUCGGGCUCCCUUGGAGCAAGCAUAUUGUCAUCUUUGAUACCCUGAUGGAACAGAGUUCCCCACCCGAGGUGGAAGCUGUCCUCGCCCAUGAGCUCGGUCACUGGUAUUAUCUCCACCCAACCAAAAUGAUGAUCGUAUCCCAAUUCCACAUCUUCACCAUUCUCGCCCUCUUCCCCGCUUUCCUCCACGCCCCACCCCUCCUCCGAUCCUUCGAUUUUCCCAAGGCCGUGUGUGCCCAACCCCCAACGAUCGUAGCCUUCUUGAUCUUCCAGAUGAUCUUGACCCCCCUCGAGGCGGUGAUCAGCAUCGGGAUGAACGGGCUGAGUCGGCGUUUUGAAUGGGAAGCGGAUAGAUUUGCGUGUGAGUUGCGGGAUACACUUGGGGAGGAGAAGAUGGCGGAUAUGGGUGAGAGGCUGGGGAGAGCGUUGAUUACGCUUCAUGUGAAGAAUUUGUCGACGGUCUGGGUGGACUGGUUGUAUUCGGCAUAUCAUCAUUCGCAUCCGACUUUGACUGAGAGGCUGAAGGCGUUGGAGGAGUAUCAAGUCAGGCGGGAGAAAAAGGAGUAGUGUAAGGAAGUUGUAUAGCAUCAUUGAAUGCAUUGGAUGUUAAUCCGCCUUGAUCGGUGCGAGCAGAAGCGACGUCCAUUGCGCCUUUCAUUUUAAUAUAUAUCCCCACUCCUUCUCAGACGCUGUUCUACAUCUGAUAGAUUCGAGCUAUGAACAAGCGAAAACGUUCAUAUAAUCAGCAGUAGUUGCGUACAAGAAUUGUAUUGAGUCGCA